UUUUUUUUUUAUUCAUCUCGAAAGACUUGCAGCCAUGAUCAGCGCCUUCUUCAUCUACAACCAGAAAGGUGAAGUGCUUAUUUCUAGACUCUACAGACACGAUUUGAGACGUUCAGUAGCAGAUAUUUUUCGUAUUCAAGUUAUCUCAAAUACAGACGUUCGUUCACCCAUUGUCACACUAGGCUCAACUUCCUUUUUCCAUGUUCGCCAUGAAAAUCUUUAUAUUGUUGCAGUCACCAAAUGGAACGCUAACGCGGCUCUUGUGUUUGAAUUUUGUUAUCGAGUGGUGAAUAUUGGACGUAGUUAUUUUGGAAAGUUUGAUGAAGAAGCUGUCAAGAAUAACUUUGUCCUUAUUUACGAAUUGUUGGAUGAAAUCUUGGAUUUUGGAUAUCCACAGAACAGUGAGACAGACACACUCAAGAUGUAUAUCACAACAGAAGGUGUUAAAUCUGAAAAAGCAGUUGAGGACUCAAGCAGAAUUACAAUUCAAGCUACAGGUGCUAUUUCCUGGAGAAGAAACGAUAUAAAAUACAGAAAAAAUGAAGCAUUUAUUGAUGUGAUUGAAAGUGUCAAUUUGUUGAUGAGCAAUACGGGUACUAUAUUAAGAGCUGAUGUAGCAGGACAAAUCUUGAUGAGAGCCUAUUUGUCUGGCACACCUGAAUGUAAGUUUGGCUUGAACGAUAAACUAUUGCUAGAUAAAGAUGUCGUCAAUCGCACAACUGCUCGUCGUACAAACGCAGUAGAGAUUGAUGAUUGUCAAUUCCACCAAUGCGUCAAGUUGGGCAAGUUUGAUAGUGACAGAACAAUAAGCUUUGUACCUCCAGAUGGUGAAUUUGAAUUGAUGAAAUAUCGUACUACAGAAAAUGUCAACUUGCCAUUCAAGGUUCAUCCUGUAGUGACAGAAAUAGGCAAUACGCGCGUAGAAUACAAUAUCAGUAUUAGAGCUAAUUUCUCACCUAAAUUGUAUGCUAACAAUGUUGUUCUCAAGAUUCCUACGCCUUUGAAUUCAGCAAAAGUUGAAGUCAAAGUAGGUUCUGGUGGAAAAGCUAAAUAUGCACCAUCUGAGAAUUGCAUUAUUUGGAAAAUAUCUCGUUUCCAAGGACAAGCAGAAUUCCAUUUAAGUGGUGAAGCAGUAUUGAGUUCAAUGACACACAAGCGUGUUUGGUCAAGACCUCCUAUAUCCAUGGAUUUCCAAGUAUUGAUGUUCACUUCUUCAGGUCUUUUAGUUAGAUUCUUAAAAGUGUUUGAAAAGAGUGGUUAUCAAUCUGUUAAAUGGGUGAGAUACAUGACAAAAGCUGGAUCCUAUCAAAUUAGAUUUUAAAAUUACAAUAAAAUACCUAUUUGAUAAUCGCUCUUUGAAUUCAGUAAAACGCG